GUCAGCGACCAUCAGAGCUACAUGGCCGGGUCAGGAGGGCAAGGCUCUGGCAGACCCUCCCCGCGGUGUGACCUUUGGCAGGUCAAGCCCUCGCCCUGGCAUCCCUUCCAGCCGGAUAUUCUGCGGCUCCAGGUGCGUGACUAACGUUUCCGGCACAGACGCACCCUGGUACUUUCCCGGCCCCGCCCCGCCCCGCGGAGCUGGAGAGAGUGGCGUUCGGGGACGGGGGGAGGGGGAAUGGGCGGGGCCCCCGGCCUGGGAGCCGCCCCGCCCGGGCUCCAGAGCCUCAGCGCCCCCUGGCGACUGCGCUGGGCAGGGCGGGGCUGCUCGGGGGCGGGGCUCAGCGCCCGGCGGCUCCGCCUCUUCGCCCCCAAAGGGUGGGGCCGGGAACGGCGGACGUCUGCAGGAGCUGCAGAGGUUUCGCAAGGACGUGACCCUAAGGGAUUUUCCUGCCAUUAAAUCUGGAGAAAGAAAAAUAAGCACUCAAACCUGCACAAGCAACUAUUUCUCCCCGCCCCUCCCCCCUGACUUCUGGGUCAGACCAUUUUUAGCGUCUGUGGCUGCUUGACUUGGGAGAUGGAUGAUGGGCUGGGAGAGCUGAAGGGCGCCUCGGAGGAGGAGGAGUGGGAUAAGACAGACCCCCAGGAUGGUAGGGAUCCCACAGCUGGGUGGUUCUAAGCCACCAGGUGCAUGAAAGGCUACGGGAUGCUGGUCCUGCUGCUGCAUGCAGUGAUCCUUGGCCUGCGCAGCGCUCAGGCCGCCGAGGACGCCUGCGCGAGCGCCUGCCCGGCCGCCUGCGUCUGCAGCAGCGUGGAGCGCGGCUGCUCAGUGCGCUGCGACCGCGCGGGCCUCCUGCGCGUGCCGGCAGAGUUCCCGUGCGAGGCGGCCUCCAUCGACCUGGACCGCAACGGCUUGCGCUUCCUGGGCGAGCGGGCCUUCGGCACUCUGCCGUCCCUGCGCCGCCUGUCGCUGCGCCACAACAACCUGUCCUUCAUCACGCCCGGCGCCUUCAAGGGCCUGCCGCGCUUGGCCGAGCUGCGCCUGGCGCACAACGGCGACCUGCGCUACCUGCACGCACGCACCUUCGCCGCGCUCGGCCGCCUGCGCCGCCUCGACCUGGCCGCCUGCCGCCUCUUCAGCGUGCCCGAGCGCCUCCUGGCCGAGCUGCCCGCCCUGCGCGAGCUCGCCGCCUUCGACAACCUGUUCCGCCGCGUGCCCGGCGCGCUGCGCGGCCUGGCCAACCUGACGCACGCGCACCUGGAGCGCAGCCGCAUCGAGGCCGUGGCCUCCAGCUCGCUGCUAGGCCUGCGCCGCCUGCGCUCGCUCAGCCUGCAGGCCAACCGCGUCCGCACCGUGCACGGCGGCGCCUUCCGCGACUGCGGUUCCCUGGAGCACCUGCUGCUCAACGACAACCUGCUGGCCGCGCUGCCGGCCGACGCCUUCCACGGCCUGCGCCGCCUGCGCACGCUCAACCUGGGCGGCAACGCGCUGGGCCGCGUGGCGCGCGCCUGGUUCGCCGAGCUGGCCGAGCUCGAGCUGCUCUAUCUGGACCGCAACAGCAUCGCCUUCGUGGAGGAGGGCGCCUUCCAGAACCUCUCCGGCCUCCUGGCCCUGCAUCUCAACGGCAACCACCUCACCAUGCUCGCCUGGGCCGCCUUCCAGCCCGGCUUCUUCCUGGGCCACCUCUUUCUCUUCCGCAACCCUUGGCGCUGCGACUGCCGCCUGGAGUGGCUGCGGGACUGGAUGGAGAGCUUCGGGCGCGCAGCUGACGUGCCCUGCGCCUCCCCGGGCUCCGUGGCUGGCCUGGACCUCCGCCAGGUGGCCUUCGGGCACUCCUCCGACGGCCUCUGCGUGGACCCCGAGGAGCUGAACCUCACGACGCCCAUUCCGGGCCCGUCGCCAGAGCCAGCGGCCACCACUGUGAGCAGGUUCAGCAGCCUCCUCUCCAAGCUGCUGGCCCCGAGGGCUCCGGUGGGGGAGGCGGCCAACACCACCGAGGGGCCGGUCAAUGCCUCGCUCUCCGACGGCCUUCCCUCCCGGGGGGUGGGAGGCUCCGGCCACAGGACCCCGUUUCUCUUGGGCUCUGGUCUCCUGCUCAGCGUGGCCCAGCACGUGGUGUUUGUCCUCAGGAUGGACUGACCUGCCACCUGGGGUGGCCCAGACUGCCUUGGCCGGCUCGGGUGGGUUGG